AUGGCGACCCUCGCGAGCUGCGGGUUCGGGGCGGUAAGAGAGAUGCUCAAGCGGAUAGUGCUAGGUCAGGCUCUUGCAUUCCUAAACUCCCUCACUGGCGUCUCUACCACGAAGCUCGUUAACAGCAACGCAAGCUAUCCUUUGCUUCAGUCUGUCACAGCGUACGCAUUUAUAUUUGCGUUCUAUCUUCCAGCUUUUCUCUUUAUACUAUACAAGCACCGCGCUCAAAGGUUUUCGAACUUUAGGUUUUUCAGUCGUUGGUGGAAGUAUGCCAUCUUGGCUGUAAUUGACCUCGAGGCCAACUACAUCGUGGUACUUGCCUAUCAGUACACCAACAUGAUUUCCGUUCAGCUGCUCAACUGCUUUACCGUACCGUGUGUUAUGGUUCUGAGUUUUUUUCUAUUGCGAAUGAAAUUUGCCGUCACUCACGUUGUUGGUGGGGUGAUCGCGAUCGGUGGCCUGGUGUUGCUAAUUGCGCUUGACGCUGAUGGACUUUCUCACAGCGAGCGCGGGAGUCAGGAAGUUCUCGGGGACAUCUUGUGCUUGAUUUCAAGCUCGUUGUAUGCGACAAGCAACGUGUUGACAGAAUGGUUCGUGAAGCCAUCAAAGCCAGCCCUCAUCUUCAACUGCUGCGGUGGAAACGGGAGUGGUGAAACAAAGGAUGAAACCACACCCGCAUUAUCUUUGACCGGCAUUCAGGACCCCUCCAGCACGGUUCCAGGGGAUGGGGAGAUAUACGGGGCAGAGGAUCACCCCAAAGUCCCCGUUUUCAUUCCGGUUGUCGAGAACCUGGCAAUGAUGUCGUCGUUCGCCUUGCUUUUCUCAACGAUACAGUUCUUUGCAGCGGAGUGGAAAACGUUCAAGCCCAAUCGCAGCUCCUGGACAGGACAAGACUGGCUGUUUCAGAUGGUGUUUGGUGUCACAAUGUUGCUGGUUUACACCGCCAUGCCGAUCAUGUUCAUCAUUUCUAGCGCGGCUUUCGCAAAUAUAUCAUUGCUGACGGCUAACAUCUAUGCCAUUAUCUGGAAUAUCACCAUUUUCAAGAUAUAUCCCACUAAACUGUUUUUUGUUUCGUAUGCCAUUCUUACCGUCGGGAUCUUGUUGUACAAUCUGACGGAUAUUGUAAGAAUCCCGUUCUGCGCCCGCUGGAAUUACCCAUGUGGUGAUCCGCUCAAGGAAAAUGGAAACGAGACGGAAACAGAUGUAGAAGCACAGGUGCAUGAAGCAGCCGAAGGGCAUCCCCAGCACGAAGCAGGGAGCUCCUCGAACAAGUCAGGCAGUGGAAAGGAUGGCGAUGCUACAGCAAAGUCGACAUGCGGUGUCACUAGUCAACCACGUGAGCAGCAACGCGAGCAAUGA